CGUGAUGAUCCAGAUCACAGCUGAGACGAUGGACUCCCUACGGCAAGCCCUGAGGGACAUGAAGGACUUCACCAUCACGUGCGGUAAAGCCGACCAGGAGGAGAACCAGGAGCUCGUCCACAUCCAGUGGACGGAGGACGACCACAACUUCAACAAGGGUGUCAUCAGUCCGAUUGAUGGGAAGUCUAUGGAGUCCAUCACCAGCGUCAAGAUCUUCCACGGCUCCGAGUUCAAAGCCAACGGCAAAGUCAUCCGCUGGACAGAGGUGUUUUUCCUCCAGAGUGAGGAUCAACCCAACGGUCUGAGCGACCCGGCCGACCACAGCCGGCUGACGGAGAACGUGGCGAGAGCUUUCUGCAUGGCGCUGUGUCCGCACCUGAAGCUGCUGAAGGAGGACGGCAUGGCCAAACUGGGACUGAGGGUCACACUGGACUCUGACCAGGUGGGUUACCUGGCAGGAAGUAACGGCCAGCCGCUCCUGCCUCAGUACCUGAGCGACCUGGACAGCGCGCUGAUCCCCGUCAUCCACGGCGGGGCGUGCCAGCUGAGCGAGGGCCCGGUGGUCAUGGAGCUCGUCUUCUACAUCCUGGAGAUCAUCUCCUAAAAGUCUGCUGAGCUUCACCUCCAGACAUCUUUUUACUUUCCGACGUCAUCUCACCGCCCGCUCCUCCUCCAUCACUUCCCUUCAACCGAUUGCACUUCAAAAAGAGCCCGAAAACUGUGGCGUGCCAGGCGGGGUAGCAUUCCUCAAGUCAAACCUAUGCAUCCAACCGCCGUCUGUUUCUGCUCCAGAGGCCGCCUGGGGCCCGAGGAAGCUCCGAGCGGGAUCAUCCGUCACCUGCGUACCUGAAGCUCACCUGACAGGUACUCCUGACCUCCGGUGUUCGUUUGAGCUGCUCCGAGCAGGAAAUGAACACCAGAGCCGUCUGACCCCCGUGUGGUGUUACAGUGUCUAUAAAGAGUAUCCACCCCCCUGGAAAGUUUUUAUAUUUUAUUGUUUUGACAACACUGAAUCAAAGUAGAUUUGAUGUGAAAAGACCUUUUCUAUCAAUCUCUGCAAAAGUAAUAUAAAACAUAAAAUAUGUUUGCUGUACAAUAUUUACCUUCUCUUAAUAGGACUGACCUGAAUCUCCACACACGGCCGUAACACCGCAAAUAUUCACCGCGCUUGCAUCUUGUUGAAAUUUUGUACAACGGAAAUUAAUGCUACGCCCUAAAUUUUCCCAGAAAAUCGUCCUUUUAAUCAUUGACUCCUGCUUUCUGACUCUGAGUGAAGGGAGCUGAGCUGUUUUCUUGUGGUUGCUCUUUCAACAUGUGUCUCCUAAGUCUGAAAAAUUAGUCGAGGACUGAAUGCUUCGUGCGACGAACGAAACUGGCUUCAGAUCCUUUAACAGUUGAAAAUGUGCUGCAAAGGUGCAGCUACUAAACACUGGCAUCACUAACAACAAAAACAAAAAACAAGAAACAGUUCAGAUUCUUCAAAAGUUCAUUUAUGUUUUUCUAGGAAAGUAUAUUAAAAAAACUGAUGAUUUAUCGGUGCGAUAUAUAUUGCACAUCCCUAAUUUAGCACAGUGAUGCGUUACAUUAUUCUGUCACUGACAGAUGAUUAAAGUAACACAGUACAGCCAGCACUGAUUACACAAUCAAGUACUCUGUAUUUGUAAUGAGUUCAGAUGGAUGUUUUUUCACUCGGACAUAUACGGGACUUUUUCUGUGCAUCUGUGUCGGAAAAAAAAGUCACUUUAAAUCUGCUUUGAUUUUAGGGCUGUCCCGAAUAUCAUUUUUGGGUCUCCGGAGCUUCUCCAUCAAUCACACCGACACAGUAAUGGCUCGACUCAAUAAAUCUGUUAAUGGUCAUUCCUGUCGCUGUGUGUGACACAAACACUGAAAUGACAUUUAAAAAAUUUUAAAAAUUGAAAACCAAAUACCUACCCAAGUAACGAGUUCUUGAAUAGCCAACUUUGGGUCCAGCCCUUUUUGAUUCAGUGUUGUUAAAUAAUAAAACUUUGAAGGAGGGUGAGUACUGAAUUACAGGUAUUGUAUGUAGCUCACCGUCUCUCCAGCGUCACUGUGGCAGUCGGGGUCCUGAAGCACUGAACUCUGUGGCCUCUGUGUAGCACGGAUGAUCUUUAACAAGGAAGACUCAAAUCCACCGCUGAACGCUCUGGAAUAUCCCUCUGAAGUUAAAAGUCAUCACGAGGAGCUGGAAGGUGCGUCUGUGUGGCGAUUUUUAAAUUUUUUUCAUUUUUUUUGCACCGUGGUGCUCAGUGCCUGCAGCAGCAACUCAUCAAGCAAAAACAAAACACAACAAAGACACAUUUCUGCUUCACCUCUUUAAGCUUUACUCAUCGAUCACCAGAUGCUUUAAUUCAUGGAUAACUCCAUUAACCUGCUGUACAUAUUUUUGUAGGCGUAACUCGUCCAUUCUAACUCCGCAUCUGUAGCCUCCAGAGACCCCAGUUUGAGACAGUAUUACUGAAAGUGACCGUCACAGACUCCUCUGACUGACGCUCUGUGAAAUACGAUUACAAAAACGCCCUUUUUGUCCUCACAGUAGACAGCUGAUUUAAAGAAAAAAAGGUUCCAAUGCUUUAUUGAUAAUCUGUACAUAAAGCUGAAAUCAGUUUUUAAACCUCAUCAAUCACUUCAUGAGCUUCGACAUCAUCAGCGCUUGUUGUUCGUCCUGCGGUGGUUCGUAAAGCCACUC